AUGUCAGCCAUGGCUUCGGAAACCGCCCUGCAGCAUACACCUAAGGCCAGUGCCGCUGCUCCUUUUCCCAGUGCAGUGGCAGCUGAUGCUGCAGCUCCGGAGCCCAUGCCCAUGAGCUCGUAUGUGCAGAGUUGCAUCGAUGCGAAUGCACAGUUGCACCGAGAGCUCAUGGAGAUGACUGCCAAGCCUUGGUUCUGGUACAGCGGAACCCUGGUGCUGGAUCUGGUGGAGUAUACAGAGUCCACUUGGACCGAUGCUGAGAUGCUCGGGCUUGGACUUGGGCCUUUGAUUUUCACCAGCCUUCGGGCUUUCAUUUAUAGGAACAGGUGCUUCGAAGCAGCCCGUGGCUUUUACCACCCAGGCGAUAUCCAUGCCAACGGCUGCAGAAUCUGGAAGAACUAUGACAAUGCGAAGAAUGCAUUCAUAUGGUACUCCAAGAGAUACAGCACCUUCUACUGCUCUGACAGAGUUGUGCUGGAUACAGUGCCACCUCAAUGGUGGGAGAAUGUGGAGGUGUUUUGCUCCUUCGGGGUGGCCGAGUUCAUUGGGCAGAUGGCACCGGAAAUGUCCGGCACCGUACACUGCCCUCCUGACGAUGAGCAGCCGAGUGUGAACUUGAAGCUCAGAACGGGCGACCAGUGGUAUUCGUGGAUGGGGGACCUGAAGAAGCGGAAGCUCGAGGACGAGAUUGUUACACCAAGUGCUUCAACAGCUGGCACACCAGCACAAAGUGCUUCUCCUGCAGGUGUCCCAGCAGAAGCAGCUCCACGAGCUUCCACCGAUGGCCCGCCGGCAGCAGAUCCAGGUGCUCCCACGGCAGCAGAUCCAAGUGCUCCCACCGAUGGCCCAGCAGCAGCAGACCCAGAUGCUUCUAUCCCAGCAGCCCCAGGCUCUUCUACCGAUGGUCCCGAAAAGGACAAGGACAACAGCUGGGAGGGCUAUGACGACAGGAGCUGGGAUAACUAUGUCUGGGACUACAAGACUAACAGCUGGAAGUGGCAGCCAACAGCUGUGCCUGAGAAGGGCUCGGGGAGCCAGAAUCAGGAGAGAACUGGGCGGCUAGACAAUACUUUCUUGUGUUUGGGGUAG